AAAUAUGAUCGCCAACUUCUAAAUGUCUUCUGUCAAUUUAAUUAAUUAAUCUUGUCAAAAGUUUUGGUCUUAUAUUACACUAAAUUUAAAAGUGAACCAUGAGCUGCUGUCCUCCAUGUAACGUUUCAAAUUCUUGUUCACCCUGCAGCCCCUGUUCUACAAGUUGCGACAUGUGUUGUUGUACGCCUUGCCCACCAUUACCCGCCAUACCGUAUCCAGUUUUUGCACCGCCAUGUACUAUCACGUAUAUUAUAACCCCUUGUUGUCCAGCAGGAGAUCCAUGUGCCUGUGUUCCAACAUGUACAACUUGCUGAAAAUGGUGUAUUUUUAGUUGUAAAUCUUGGUUAUUUGUACAAGAUUUUAAUUAUCUGUACAUGGCAGUGGUUGUCAAUUACAUUUUAAAGGAAAUAAAAAGUAAUAUUUUGGU